GACGCACAGCAGUGAAGACGCUGCGGGUUUCUGGAGCUGAAUGGGCUUCUGCCUUUCUCUCAGAGGUUCGGCUGGCCUCAGGUUCUAGGCACGCGUCUGGACGGAGUCUGGGACAGACUUUGGCGACUGCUGACAAUUCCCGACAAGCUCGCGCGGUGGGAAGGGGCGGCGGAGGAAAGGUGCAGCAGCGGAGACGGGUCGGUGAUGCCCUAGAACCUUUUCAAAGAAGAAUGGAGGAAAAUAUGAAGCUUGCUACAGUGGAAGACACUGUGGAAUACCACCUGUACCUGAUACCAAAUGAACCAAGGGACUCAGAAAAACACAAAGAGAUUCUUCAAAAAUAUAUUGAGAGAAUAAUGACCCACUUUGCACCUAUGCUAGUCCCUUAUAUCUGGCAGAAUCAGCCUUUCAAUCUCAAAUAUAAACCUGGAAAAGAUGAUGUUCCUGCUCAUAUAUUUGGCAUGACAAAGUUUGGGGAUAACAUUGAGGAUGAAUGGUUUAUUGUUUAUGUAGUAAAGCAAAUUACGAAAGAAUUUCCAGAAUUGGUAGCAAGGAUUGAAGACAAUGAUGGUGAAUUCUUGUUAAUAGAAGCUGCUGAUUUUCUCCCUAAAUGGUUGGAUCCUGAUAAUAGUGCCAAUAGGGUGUUUUUCUACCAGGGGAAGUUGUGCAUUAUUCCUGCACCAAGAAAAUCUGAAGCAGUAUCCUGGUUACCCACCGUACCCCCAACAAUCCCACAAGCACUGAAUAUAAUCUCAACACACCCUGAAAAAAUUUUGGCUUCAGAAUCUAUCCAAGCUGCUGUGAAUAGGCGCAUCAGAGGAUACCCAGAAAAAAUUCAAGCCUCCCUUCAUCGAGCACACUGCUUCCUUCCAGCUGGCAUUGUAGCAGUGCUAAAGCAGCGCCCCAGAUUGGUGGCUGCAGGAGUCCAGGCAUUUUACCUACGGGACCCCAUUGACCUGCGAGCCUGUCGUGUUUUCAAGACAUUCUUGCCUGAAACACGAAUAAUGACAUCGAUUACCUUCACUAAAUGUCUGUAUGCACAGUUGGUGCAACAAAGGUUUAUGCCAGAUCGGCGAAGUGGAUACAAGCUACCUCCUCCAUCUCAUCCCCAGUACCGAGCCCAUGAAUUGGGCAUGAAGUUGGCUCAUGGAUUUGAGAUUCUAUGCUCCAAAUGUAGCCCACAUUUUUCUGACUCCCAAAAAUCUCCUGUGAUUGCCUCACCACUUUGGGCUGGCUUCCUUGAAAGUCUGAAAAAUAAAGAUUACUUUAAGGGACUGAUAGAAGGUUCUGCACAGUACCAGGAAAGACUAGAAAUGGCAAAGAACUACUUCCAACUCUCAGUAAACCGGCCAGAAAGCUCUCUUGCGAUGAGCCCAGGUGAAGAAAUCUUAACCUUAUUACAAACAGUACCAUUUGAUAUUGAAGAGCUUAAGAAAGAAGCCACUAAUCUUCCCCCAGAAGAUGAUGACCGGUGGUUAGAUCUCUCACCAGAGCAGCUGGACCAGUUACUGCAGGAAGCUGCUGGCAAAAAAGAACCAGAACCCAUUUCUAAAGAGGAAAAUUAUGACUUAACUCAAGUCUCAAAGAGCAUGAAAGCUUUCAUAUCCAAAGUCUCAACCCACAAAGGAGCAGAGCUGCCUCGAGAACCUUCUGAGGCUCCAAUCACUUUUGAUGCAGAUUCUUUUCUUAAUUAUUUUGAUAAGAUUUUAGGGCCAAGGCCUCAUGAAUCAGACUCUGAUGACUUGGAUGAGGAAGACUUUGAUUCUUUAGAUAGUGACGAUAACUUGGAUCUUGAAACACAGGAGCCUGGGGAAGCAUCUGUAGAAGGAGCUCUUGAUGAUCUCAAGUCUUACAUGGCCCAGAUGGACCAGGAACUGGCACAUACCAGCAUUGGCAAAAGUUUCACCACCCAAAAGCAAAUGGAACCUCUAUCCCAGACUACCAAUAGCAAUUCAGAUGAGGAAGAUUCUGGUGCAGGAGGAUCUGUCAUGACACCAGUAGAUGUAGACCUGAACCUGGUUUCAAAUAUAUUGGAAUCAUAUAGUUCCCAAGCUGGACUGGCAGGACCUGCUUCCAAUCUUUUACAAAGCAUGGGAGUGCAGCUGCCUGACAACACCGAUCACAGACCCGCAAGGCUGUGAUCACCUCAUCAUGACUGAACCAGGCAGCUGCUUCUAGUUCUCUCACGUUCACCUGGAUCUGAAAGAAAAGGAAAAACAGAAUGUAAGGUUAGGAACUACAAAAUUUAGAUACUAUGGCCAAAGGUGAGAAAAUGGCUCCAGAACUGAACAAUUUUAGAAGAUAAUACCCAGGAUCCACAGUAUUGGGAGAUAAUCAGUUCUAUAUGUUGUCCAGAAACAAAAGCGGCAUAAUUAAGAGAUGAGAGUUAAGUAUAUAAAUUUUUAAAAUAGUUUUAAACCCCAUUUAAAAAAUUCUGGAAGUGCAAAUACUAUUUUAUUAAGUAUUACUUAACAAAUACUACAAAUAUUAAGAGUGGUUAAAAUUGAGGGGUAAAUAAUGAAUAAUACUUGUUUUUCUUUGUGCCUCUAUUGGUUGUAUAACUUUCAAUUUAAAAAGAACAUACAAAUGUUACUCCAAAGGAUAAAAGUUAAUGAUAAAAUUAUAGUAACUGCUUUGUAAGAAGCAAAGUAAUACAAACUGGGAAGCUGAGACAGAUUAGAUACUCAUUCAGUAGAAACCAAAACACACAAUAGACAGACUGGCAGAUAGAGACCACAUCAUCUGUCAGGGAUGCUACAGACGAGGAAGAUGAGGUUAGAUAAUACAAUAUCCAAGUCCCUUUCAAGCAGAAGUUCCUGUAAUUAUUAUAUAAUUCAUAAUUAUUAAGCAUAAUUACUAAUCCACAACAUCCUAACUGACUUGAGCAGUAAGUUUAAUCCUGAAAUCAAUGAUUAAAUUUAAUAUAUUUAUUGUGUGCGUACUCUACACAAGAUGCUCUGUUAAGUCCUGAUGAUGAAAGAUAAAUUCUCAUGACUGAAAUAUAUGAAGGAUGAAUGGUGA